AGCACAUAACCGGUCUGUUAUGCUCUAAACACCCUGCCAGGUGCUGUGGAUCACAGAUGAUUGGAGGGAAUUAGCUGAGAGGAUAUAAUUGAGCCGAAAUUUAGAAGAGAAACAAUAGGGGGGUUAAUACGUAUUUUCAUCCAGGUGUGGGUAGGGGGGCAGCCACCCUCCCCACCUCCUGGAGCGUUCUCAAAAUUUGAAAGGGAUUAGCUAUAUAAUCCUCAAGUUGGAUCUCCCCUUCGCGGGAGGCCAGAACGCUAACCCAGCCCCACACCUGGCCCCAUUGUUCUCCUAAUUCCCCCGCAUCCGAUCCGGAUGCGGAAUGAGCGGUUCGGUUCGCAGUUCAUUCAAGGUCAAGAGACGUGGGGGAGGGAGCUGGGAGACCCUGAAACUAUUCUCCCCAGACUCAAGAAACCCCACCUGGACAUGGGUCCCUUGGAUGAGCAGACUCCUAAGGCCAUUCUUAGGAGGUGCGGAGUCCAGGUCCCUUAGUGUGCUCUAGAAAAACUUUUAAAAGGAGACUGGCCGGUGCGCCUUGAGACUAACAAAGCUUCACAAAUCCUAGACUGCAGUCUUAGCUGAUAGCAACCCCACCCCCGCGGUCCCGCCCCCGCACCCUCGGGGAAAAGUGGCUUCCGGGAGCAACCCUGCUGGGCACCGCCCCCAGGACGCGGGUGCCGAUUGGCCAGCGCGAUCGCAGGGCGAGGCCAAAUCUUACAGAGUCGGAAGCUAAGGAACUCCUAAGGUGGCUGUGGCUGCAGCUGCAGCGAAAUGCAGGGAGGUGAUGCGCGGUGGUCCAUGUAGGUCUUUAAAAUAUAUCUCAAAUGUCCAUACCCUAGUCUGAGGCCCAUGGAGCCCACGCAGCACUAUCCACUGUUCGGGGGCGCCUUCUCCGCCACUCUCCCGCCCGGGGCCAUUGACGUAAGCGACCUCCGACAGGUCCCGGACAAUCAAGAAGCUUUCUGCCAUCGUGAGACAGAUCAGAGCCUGAUCGUAGAACUUCUGGAACUGCAGGCCCACGUGCAGGGCGAAGCGGCUGCGCGGUACCACUUUGAGGACGUUGGCGGGGUGCAGGAGGCUAGAGCUGUGCAAGUGGAGGCUGUGCAGCCCCUCCAUCUGGAGAACCUGGCCCUGAGGGGCUGCUGUGAAGAAGCCUGGGUCCUCUCUGGCAAGCAGCAGAUAGCUAAAGAAAACCAGCAAAUAGCAAAGGAAGUGACACUACACCAGGCCUUGCUGCGGCUUCCCCAGUACCAGACUGAUCUCCUGCUCACCUUCAAUCAGCCCCUUCCUGACAAUAGGCCAUGUUUUGGCCCUGAAAAUCUGUCACUUCCACCCUGGAGCCUGAGUGACUUUGAGCAGCUGGUGACCAGUCUGACCCUUCAUGAUCCCAACAUCUUUGGUCCCCAGUAAAGACGCUGAUAUGCUGCAUGUUGCUGCUGAAGACUUGGGACCAUGUUCUGCAAGGGGAGCCAGGGGUUGGGUACAUUCCCCUAAUUCCUUCCCUGUGCAUAGACGUAAGAUACCUCCUCUCUGCAGAAAUAAACUUGGUUUAUAACAGG